AUGCUUGCAACCGAGACGGCCCUCUAUGCCUUGGGGGUGAUGAUGUUUCUCACGUUUCCAGCGCCGUAUCUUCUCGCCUCUCUCUACACGCUCUGCACCGGCAUGGACGCCAUCUCGCGCGUCUCGUGGUCCAAGCGCAUUGCACCAACGCGCUCGCAACGCUCCACGCGUCGAUGGCCCACCACUUGGCUCGCAGCCGGUCAAGCUCCAGCUACUUUUUUUACUCUGCGCGACCUGUGGGUCGUUGUGCGCGACUCGAUGACCAAAGUUCAGUCGGCAGACCAGACGGCACGCAACGACAUGACGAAGACCGAGACCACCUAA